AUAUUAUUGGAGAAACAGAGACAGAAGGAAAUGGGAUCAAUAUUGGACGACGGGUAUAGAUGCUCGAGGCCACGCCUAAUCUGUUUUAGGUAUGUUAUGCUGCUGGGCUUUGCAUCCAUUAAUUUAGUGCCAAAAGCUCGAGGCUGGAGCAAAGAGGGUCAUAUUAUGACAUGCCGGAUUGCUCAGGGGCUUCUAGAGGCAGAGGCAGCAGAGGCUGUUAAGAAUCUAUUGCCUCACAAUGUGGAAGGAGACUUAUCAGCGUUUUGCAUAUGGGCAGAUCAAAUCCGGCAUUGGUACAGAUACCGCUGGACUAGCCCUCUUCAUUUCAUUGACACCCCGGACGAUGCUUGCUCUUUUGUUUAUUCUCGGGACUGCCAUGACCCUCAUGGCCUGAAGAACAUGUGUGUUGCUGGUGCUAUCCAGAAUUUCACCUCUCAGCUCUCUCACUACACACAGGGAACUGCGGACCGUCGAUAUAAUAUGACGGAGGCCCUGCUAUUUCUAUCACACUUCAUGGGAGAUAUCCACCAGCCAAUGCAUGUUGGAUUCACAAGUGAUGAAGGAGGAAACACUAUUGAAUUACGUUGGUUCAGGCACAAAUCAAAUUUGCACCAUGUAUGGGAUAGGGAAAUUAUACUUACAGCUUUAGCCGACUACUAUGACAAGGAUAUGGACCUCCUCCUCCAAGACAUUGAGGGAAACUUCACUGAUGGAAUCUGGUCUGAUGAUGUUUCAUCAUGGAAACAUUGUAAUGAUGAUCUCCAAUCAUGCAUUAACAAAUAUGCGGCUGAGAGCAUAAACAUAGCCUGCAAAUGGGGUUACAAAGGCGUUGAAGCUGGUGAAACUCUUUCUGACGAUUACUUCGACUCGAGGAUGCCGAUUGUAAUGAAACGAAUAGCGCAGGGUGGAGUACGAUUAGCCAUGAUUCUCAACCGGGUUUUCUCUGACACCCAACAAGGAUUUGCAUUACCUACUUAAUUAACCCCAUCCAAGAUUAAGAUAAAAUUGAUCAUAAUCAUAAUUUAUUAAGUGGGAAUAUAUUAAUUAUUUUGUUAAUUAACUUAUUGCAACCUUCGUUUCCUAAUUAGCUUACUGUAUUGUGUAUAAUUAAUUCAUUUGUUUACGCACACUAAUGACUCCCCCUUAUGUCAGCAAUCUGCUGUAGAACUUGUAAUCUACACUACUUUAAAUUAUUAUUUAUAAUAUCGCUUGACCCUUUUUAUUUUUUA